GAACAAACACUACAUAUAAUAAGCUUAAUGAGAUAAUUAGGCAUUUAUUUCCGCAAAAUCGCCGGUCUGUUUAUGUCAAUUUGGAUUUAUUUGUACAAUUCAUUCAUUUCGUUGGAAUACGUCAUCAUGAUUAUUGUAUGAAAAAUCUUAUAUUCAUGCUGAUGAAUUCAGAAAAUAUAGCCAAUUCUAAUACAUCUGCAUUGGAACUAAUUGCACCUGAAAGAAUGAGAAUUGGAAUAAGAUCGUUUAUGAUGAUAUUAUACAGUAUGCAAACUUCAGAAUUGAGGCCACCGUUUCCUAGUAAUCCGGAUCUAUUUGACCAAAGACAGGGUCUUGGCAUAAAGAUUUCUUCCGAUAUUCUUUCUGAUGAUAUUUUUAACCAAGCUGGGUUAAAAGAAAAUGUUGAUAGGUUUUGUGACAUUAGUUAUAGAGUAGCUGUUAUUUUAGAUCAACAUUUUGGCCAUUUAACUGUAUUGGACGAAAGAAAUUUAACGAAAGGUGUUGUUGAUUCCCCUGCUAUGAUUACUUACACUUAUAACUCGCUUACAGUGGCUUAUCCUAGGGAUAGACAACCUUAUUUUAAUUUGAUGAGAGAAUAUGUUGAUUCACUUCCUAGACUAUUAAACAAAAACAAUAGAUUAAAAGUUGUUGAGAUGUUGU